AUGACACGACCAGACAGCGAGAGCGUGCUCCACGUGAAACCCACUGGUGCCGUGUCACCCGCACCUCUCCGUCACGGCAAGGGGUUUGACCCCGGCCAGUGCCCCGAACGUCCCCGGGCUGGUGACCUGGCAGGCCUCAAUAUUCCCAUACCAACUUUAAAAGCUUUUGCGGAGGCGCUGAGAAGUAACACCCACGUGAAGAAAUUCAGCAUAGUUGGGACACGGAGCAACGAUCCCGUCGCUUUCGCGCUGGCCGAGAUGCUGAAGGUCAACAACACGCUGAGGAGCCUGAACGUGGAGUCCAACUUCGUUUCGGGGUCGGGGAUCCUGGCUCUUGUCGAGUGCUCACAAUCCUGCUCGGACCUGACCGGCUUGCUCCUCUGUUUUCCAAAGAGCCAGCCCUUGGGCAACAAAGUAGAAAUGGAAAUCGCGGACAUGUUGGAAAAGAACACCUCCCUGCUGAAGUUCGGGUACCAUUUCACUCAGCAAGGUCCCCGGCUCCGCGCAUCCAACGCCAUGAUGAGCAACAACGACCUCGUGAGGAAGAGAAGACUCGCAGAGUUGAACGGGCCUAUUUUUCCCAAGUGCAGAACUGGUGUGUAG